UCAGCGAGCCAGCAUCAUCAUUGUUCUUUGCUUGCCUGCGCAGGUAAGAAGAGCCCAUACCCCAAAGCUAGAGAGUGGGACUGUUGAAUUCGUUGAAAUAUUGUGUGCAAAUUUUUUGAAAAAGAAGAAAUAAGUGUACUAAAAGAAGGAACAGCAAGAACUCAGAACUAAAACAUUAAAAGAAGUCGUAAAAUGUCUGCAUCAUCGUCGUCAUCAAAGUCCCAGGUUCGAGUCUUCCUCUGGGCAGUUCCAAGAAGCAUCUCUACUGCUUUUUUCAGGGCCAUGAUGAAUAAGUCGAACUGCAAGGUCAUCCUGGAGCCCUUUUCGAAGGCUUACUACUUCGGACAUGAGAGGGUAAGCAAGAGGUACAUGGUCGAACCCUCCCAAGAAGGUUGUCUCUUCAAAGAUAUCAAGGCUCAGUGCGAAGAAAAAUUUCCAGAAUACGAGACGGUGUUUGUAAAAGAUAUGGCGUAUUACUUGACUGAAAAACUAGAUACGGUCAGUUACAUUCCGGAUAAUUUCGUUCAUACAUUCCUUCUGAGGGAUCCGCACAAAUCCGUGUAUUCCCUCUAUAAGAUGAGUCUUAACAAAGAUCUGACUGGCUGGGACCACUUCAACGCCGAAGAGGUGGGUUUCAAGGAGUUGUAUCAGAUGUUUAAGUUGGUGACGGAGCAGCUGGGUCAGGAGGCCAUCAUCGUCGACGCCGAUGACCUCCUGAAACAUCCAGAGGUGAUAUUCCGUCUGUACUGCAACAAGGUGGGAAUGAAGUUUGAAGAGCGCAUGUUGAACUGGGAGGAAACACCCCAAGACCUCUCCGUCUUUCAGGAGUGGAUGCCCUGGUUUGAGGGGGUGCUAACUUCAAACACGUUUCAACCGUCGGCCACCAAGCCGAAGUCUCCCAUGAUCAUGCCUGAUCUCCCAAGGCACGUUCAGAAAGCUAUCGACGAUAACAUGGUCUAUUACAAUAAGCUCUACGCCCUGCGUCUCAAACCCAACCUUCUCCAGGUUUCGUAAAGUUAAAAAUAGAAAGUGAAACUGAAAGUGAAAUGGGAAGUGAAACUGAAAGUGAGAGGUGGAAAGUUUGAGGUUGGAGACUGACUAUAAAGAGAGUACCAAUAUCAAAGACAUGAUGUUUUGAAUUUUUGUUUCUACCUAGUUGUAAAGACAGUUGUUAAUUGAUAGAUGUGUACCCGUGGUAAUUCUAAUUGCAGUGUCAUCGUUAGUUUAUUUGUCAUUUUGUCUAGGUUAGAUCUAGACCAGAUAAAUUUUUUGGUCUUAAUUAGGAGAAAUUAAUUCAUCAAUUAGACAUAUUUGCAUUCAUUUAGAAAUAAAUAACUCAAUAACGCAUAGAAACCUAUCGUUUAAGUUUCAUUUCCGAAGUCUGUUUCACUUUUUAAAAAAAUUUUUCGACCAAACAUAAAAUUUCUACACUCAACAUGUUUAUCCAUCCACCACCAUCGACAUUGUUACAUAUUAAUUAAAUGAAAGAUUUAUUAGUUUAAUUAAUUACAUAUUUAAUUAAUGUUAUAUUCAGUCGUAACUUAUCAUAAGGAAUAGGUAGGUAAUAGUCCCAUUAAAAUCCCAUAUAUAUUUAUCAUUUGUUAGAUAUGUAUCAAUGAUACAAUGUAGAAGAGCGUAUUUAUUAAAGAUACCCGUGAAUCAACUGCAUGUACUUAACUUUUAUAUUUAUACUGCAUUUAUAUUUUUAUUAGUUUAUAUUGGUAGCGCCCAUUAGUGAUGUAUUUUUUGUUGUUGUUGUUAUUAAUGUCGUCAUCGUCAUCAAUACCUCUUCCUCUUCUAUUAUCAUCAUCAUCAUUGUUGUUAUUAUUACUAGUAUUAUUUUUAAUAUUAUUGUCAUUAUUAUUGAUAUUAUUACAAUCUAUAUAUAUAUAUAUAUAUAUAUAUAUAUAUAUAUAUAUAUAUAUAUAUAAAGAGAGAAAGAGAAAGAGAGAGAGAGAG